CCGACUAGAACAAUAACUCCAAAUAGCAAAAGCCAAAUAGUUCUUCUCCUAACACACAAUUACUCACUCAGAGUGGCAAUGCCUAUGUCAUCUUGUUGUCUCUAUAUUUCAGUCUUUUCUUCAACUUUUCCUCUCUCUCUACAUAUAAAACCCUAUCUUCUUCUCUCUCCCUCUCACCAUAUAUUCAACCUGGCUGAUCAGAGGCUAUGGAAUCUGAAAAAUACAGAAGCAGUUCGGAGUCCUCGAGCGAAGAAAACGAUCAAAUCAAAGGCGACAAGACCUCGAAAAACCGAUCCUACGAGUGCACCUUCUGCAAGAGAGGCUUCACAAAUGCUCAAGCCUUGGGUGGUCACAUGAACAUACAUCGCAAAGAUCGUGCCAAGGCAAAGCAAAACAACUAUAAUUCUUCCAUGUUCAACGAGGAAUACUUGUACCCUAUCUAUUCUCCGAUGAAUAUUUUCGAGGAUCAAAGCAAUUACAACUUGUGUUUCCAGCGGCCACCGGCGGCCACAGCUUCCAGUGUUUCAAGAAAUACAAUUCUUCCUUAUGGUUGUUUUAAUCAGCAAGAGCAACACAAUUUUCGCCUCACGAGGGCUCCGGUUUUGCGUAGUAAUCAAGAGCAGCUUUGGGGAGAGAAUUUGAGCUUGCGAGUUGGAUCGACUAAUGUAGAGGGUCUUGUCAAGCUGAAUGAUGAUGAAUUGGAUUUGGAGCUUCGACUUGGUAAUGGUCGAGAGUAUACAUGAUAACUUAUAUGUAUACUCUCUUGUAUUUGCAGAAACUAUGUGAAAUUAAGGUAUGAUCAAAAGGGGUUCUUCUAUUAGUAUAUGGUGAGACCUGCUGAUAUCAUGAAAUAAUUGAGUCAUCUUGUGCUCAUAUAUCUAUAUAUAUAGAUAUGCACACACACACACACACACAUCCAUUGAAAAAGUUGUUGCAUUUAGUACAAGUUUAAAAGCAAACCCAUGUGUGUGUUGUUUUUUUUGGUCUCAACACUUGCUAUUGCGAUUAUAUGUAUAACUUCCAUGAAUGGAAAAACAAUAUAAAU